AUGAAAAAGAAGCAGCCCAAGCAGAUGGAAAUAUUUGUUGUGACAAAAAAACAAACACACCUGCACGGAAUACUUGUUCACAAGAUAAUGACAAAGCAAAAGAGAAAUCUGAAUCUCUGAGUGAUAUCAGCUUGGACAGGCACACAUGGAACAGUCAUGCUGAUGAAGUAUUAAUACAAUUGGAUUUAAUUCAUUACUGUAAAAUGAAGCUUUCAUUGAGGAAUGUUCUAGAAAUUAGUGCUGAAUCUUUGGAAGGGUGUGCACCAGAAUCUCUAAAACAUCUUCCAUGGUAUUUUCUUUGGAAAAUAAUUAGAUCCGAUUCCACUGCAAUGAAUAUAAAAUGUAGCUCUGAUGAUGGUAUCGUCACUGAAGAUGAGCUGUGGGAGUUGGAAUCUGAAAAUAAUGUAACAGUUUCCUGGAUACACCCAUUAGAUUUAAUUGUGUCAGUGUUUCUCUGUUCAGAUGUUAUGUUACAGCAAGAGCUCAUGGUAAAAAUGGCUUCAUGUCAACUUGCUUUACCAUUCUUACUACCUACAUGGAACAAGAGUUACACCUUCCUUUUGUGGGCACUGCGCUCAGUUAAAAAGAAGUGGAACCCCGUAGGUGGCACUGGGUUCCAGGAAGGACAUGUGGUUUCACUGAAAUUUCCAACUUGCUCAUUUCUAAGGAUAGGCAACAUCAGUAUGUCAAAGUCUAAAACACUGAAUGACUUACUCAACAGCAAACAGCAAUAUCAGAACAUCUUUCUCCAUCACCAAAUGGACUCUGCAGAUUUACCCCGGAAAAUUUCUGAAGGCCUUGCAGAGAUCACAUGGUACUUACCCUGUGGCUCUGAAAGCAUUGAUGUUUUCAAACGACCAUUUCAGAUAAUUAACCUCCGUGGAGAUGGCCAAACAGCACCAGAACAAGUUAAAUUUUUAACACAAGUCUCGUCUGCUGUCUUUGUGUUCCUUGGUGAUAUUACAGAGUCAAAACUUCAGUACUUGAAAAGCUUUGCACAAGGCAAUGCACAGCUCUAUCUUGUAUUAACCUCAGAUGUUAUAUCAGAGUCUUCAAAGAAUUUACUAAUGACUUUUGUAAAAAAGUUUUCUUUGCUCAAAAAACAUGUCAUUAUGAAACAGAAGGAGAAUGAUUGUAGGUUUACACAAAAACUUCAAUUCACACUACAGUCGGCUGUGGAUCAGUGUGACGGAGGAAAUAUUUUAUGUUUAGAGGACAUGAUUUCUGUGGCACGGCAUUGUAAAAUUCACAUAGAUGAAGAUGAUGAUAAAAUUAAAUCUACAAAGAAAUUGUCUGAAAAUUUUAUUGCCCUUAUUAAACAUGAAGAUGUAUCAUGUUUCAAAUGCAGCAAUUUCAGCUUUCAAGGUGAAUCCUGCAAGAAACUGUCAGAUAUUGAGAAGGAGCAAAGCCGUUUAAAAAAGUGUUCAGAAAAUGUGGCAAAUUAUAACACAAAGUUAGAAGGAGAAAAGAGAGAGUUAAGAUCGUCUUUGUUACAAAAAGAUCUUCCUGAAAUUAUGAAAAGCUUCAUUCACAGUCUGGCCAAUUUAUCUGGGACUGAAAGACAACUUUUUCUUCAGUGGCUGAAGCAAAAGUUAGAUUCACAAUCUCGAACAAAAAUGACUGAUUUAAGAUGUUGGUACAAGAGUACAUAUGAAGCAUUAAUCAAUCCAAAACUACAGGCAGAAAGAGAACAAAACCAGAUUGAACUUAAAAAGAUAAAUGAUGAACUCAGUAUUGCCUCACUAGGGCUAGAACAUUUCAUGCGUGAAGUGGGACAGAUUUAUGAAACUAUAAUAACUGAAAAUGUUGAAUCAUUUCAAGGAAUUCCAUCUAUUGACACUUUAGCGCAUAAGGCUGCAGAAUUAAUGCUAGAUGGUUUACCGCUGGAACUUCUUGAUGGAGAUGCUGGUACCAUACCAAUACACUGGGUAACAGCUGUUCUAAAACAAGUUUCUGCACUUGUAGGAGCAGAUAAACAUGUGUUUGUAAUGACAGUAUUAGGUGUACAAAGCACUGGGAAGUCGACUUUGCUGAACACGAUGUUUGGGUUGCAGUUUGCCGUGAGCAGUGGGAGAUGCACAAAAGGUGCAUUUAUGCAAUUGAUUAAAAUCAUAGGUAGCUUACAAUCACAGCUGGGCUACGAUUUCCUCAUGAUUAUUGAUACUGAAGGAUUAAAAGCCCCUGAGUUACAGAGUUUAACAGAUGCUUAUGAGCAUGACAAUGAACUGGCAACAUUAGUGAUUGGACUAAGUGAUAUGACCUUGCUAAAUAUGUCCAUGGAACAUUUUGCAGAAAUGAAAGAUAUAUUGCAAAUUGUUGUGCAUGCCUUUAUCAGAAUGAAAGUGGUUGGAAAGAAGCCAGUUUGUGUGUUUGUUCAUCAGAACGUUGGUGACAUCUCUGCUCAUGAUCAAAACCUGAUGGCACGCAAACUUCUAAUGGACCAAUUAGAUGAAGUUACAAGAGCUGCAGCAAAAAUGGAAAAAUGUGAGGAAAGUUAUAAUAAAUUUACUGAUAUUAUGGCCUCUGACACUAACACAUCCAGUGGAUAUAUUGCAGGCCUUUGGCAUGGUUGUGGCCCUAUGGCAUCUGUUAGUAAAGGAUACAGUACAGGUAUAUUUAAUCUAAAGAAGGCCUUAUUUAAAACCAUUCAGACCUGCAGUAAAUACAAGUCAACAUUUAUUGACUUCUCCAAAGUGAUCAAUGAUACAUGGAAUGCAGUGAAAAUGGAAAAUUUUAUAUUUAGUUUUAAAAACAGCUUAGCAGCUGAGGCCUACCAUCACCUUACAAUGGAAUAUGCUGACUGGGAUUGGGAGAUGCGAAGAGCUGUGCAGGAGUGGACAGUGGAGGCUGAAAAUAGAAUUGAAGCCUCUGAAACUGACAUAUAUAGGUCAUUAGAAACAGAACUCACUGAACUGGUUACAGAAAGACAAAACGUUGCACUUGAGCAUCUGGAAAAGUAUUUUAACAAUAACACAGAAAAGGCAAAGCUUCUUGUAGAAUACAGACAAAGAUUUAUUAAUAGCAUUAAAAUUCUUGCAAAAGAUUUGAUCAUUUCUGCCUCAGACAGGUGCCAAGAUGCAAACCGGAGAAACAAAAGUAUUAAGGAAAUCGAAACUCUGAAAGUAAGUUACAAAAUAAAACUUGAAGAGAGCAUUUUUGAACUAUUGAAAAACUGCAAACAAGAGAGCUCUAAACUAAAUGAUGAUCAGCUAUUAGUUUUUUUCAAUGAAAUGUGGGAUAAAGAAACUAGUUCUAUCCCGGUUCCUCCACCCAAGAAUAUUAAUAUUGAGGCAGAUCUGGAGAGCAAUCUGAGGAAUUACAAGCCUGCAAUGACAGCAGGUGUGAACAAAAAAAUUAAAGAAAUAAAUGGGAGAUGGAACCUCUUCUCAAGUAUGAAGAAUAUGGGUACAUCUGUAAUUAAGUUAGUAACUGGUUCUUAUAAGGGCAAGGCAGAAGAAGAAAUGGCUAAAACAAAAGCUCUGUUAGUAGAGGAACAGUGUGGAAUGUUUGUAGAUAGGAUUGUGUCGCAAGAUAGAGAUUAUGACUGUAGUGAUUGGUUAGCACUUAUACGUAAGAUAAAUAAAAGUAUUACAGAACAGGAAACAGACAGGUUUUCAUAUUCAUCUGAAUUUCUAUUGGAAUUUAGUUUAGGUGUAUGUGCUUCUGCACUCCCCAAAUUUAAGGACAUGCAUGAAAAGUUUGCUGAAAAAAAUGACCCUCGAAAAUUACUUGCUAGAGAGAAAGAGAAUUAUUUCUGCCUGUUUAAGGAACUGUACAAAACUAAUGAUGUAAGCCAAACAAUGGCAGGAACUUAUGCUGAAAACUUUCUGAAACCAGCAAUUAUCCAAGCAAUUGAGAAAAGGCUGGGAUCUGACAUUGUUAAUGACAUGAAAAGCAGUUAUCCUGGGGGAGAGUUUAAAACUAGAAUGAUCUUUCUCGUAGCAAUUAUGUAUGACUUGCACAUUAAAGAUCGUUUUAAAGAUUACUAUGAUUUCGUUAGUAAUAGUACAUUUUAUGAGGAGAACUGGCUGUAUGACAGAAUAGUUCAGCAUUGUGAGAAGAGAAAUGAAGGACACACCAGACUUUUUGAACUGGCCACUGACAUCUUGAAAGUGUUAGUUAACAUACUGAGAAAAGAGAUAAAUAUUGACAAAGUUAAAAAAUGUAAAACAAUAGAGGAAUUUUUCAAGAAAGUAAGGGAAAGUGUUCAAAGCCAUCUAGUUAUAUCAUCAGACAUGGACACACUUGCAUCUCUGAUUGAUCUGCAGUGUUUUGUUAAAUAUUUGGAGAGUGACAUUAACAAGAUUCAAAAGGACAUUGAAACAGAAAUUGAUCAGUGGGAAGUUGAUACAAAAAUAAAAUCACUGCCCUCCUCACCCACUGAAGUGCUUUAUGGCACAUUAGCUGGAUGUAGGAAGUAUUGUUUCUGGUGUGGGGCCCCUUGUGAAUGCACCGAACCAGGUCAUGUGACACACAGUACUAACUAUCACAGACCACAGGGAGUAAAUGGUUAUAGGUGGAAAAAUACAACUAUAUUAGUAAAUGAAACCUGUACAACACUUGUUGCAAGCAACAGUCCAUUUCAGAACAAGGACACUAACUGGCAAUUGGUUCCUUGUAAGGAUUACAAAUCUGUUAAUGAUUACUACAAAUCUUGGGACAUCACUCCAGACACAAGUCUGAUGGGAUCUUCUUACUGGAAGGCUGUGUUCUACAAAUAUAAUGAACAGUUUGCAAAAGAGUACAAAUGCUUACCUAGUGAUGUUCCACCUGAAUGGAAUUUUGACUGGAAAGUAGUUUGCCAACACAUGUCAGAAGCUUACAAUGUAACUCUAGACCGUUUGUGUGUAUUUGAGUAGAAACGUAACUAAGAAACAUGGAUACACACAGUAAAUGCAAGCCAUACCCUAUGUAAAAUGUGGAAAUCAUCUGUGUUUCACAUUUGUUAGCCACAAAGAACAGCAAGGGUAGUAUGCUAGAAAUUAACUGCACAGCAUUUUACAUGCACUUAUAUGAGCUAUGUAUGUGAUAAAAGUAUGUAUGUAACAUUUAUGUAAAAUGUAGUGUUUUUAAAGUACUUCAAUAAAAAUUAGAACAAGUCACAUACUGAGGUAAACCAAAAGUGAUAUAAAUGAAGCUUUCUGUCAGCACAGUAUGGUAACUAUUAAUUUGCUCAGUUAACAUACAUGUGUUGCUAUAUAUUUUAUGUUAUCUAUACAGCCUUGUCAUAAACUCAUUUAAUCUGCUGCAUUUAUACCUGCUUGUUAGUCAUCUGACUACACUGAAACUUUUGUUCUAAGCCUCUUAUUUCUGAUUUAAGCACUUGGGCUCCAGACUAGUUAUCUAAGGUUCAUAGGUGUGUACUAGACU